AUGUCGUUGUUAUAUGAGCUUUGCGUUCAAAAAUUGGGUGUUUUAAUUGAAGAUUCUGAUCAGAAUUUGAAAUACCUGGGUCUUUUAGCAAUGGGAAGAAUACUUCAAACUCAUCCAAAAGCAGUACAAGCACAUAAAGAUAUUGUUUUGAGGUGUUUGGACGAUAAAGAUGAAAGUAUACGUUUACGAGCAUUGGAUUUAUUAUAUGGAAUGAUUUCAAAAAAGAAUAUUAUGGAAAUUGUUCGGAGAUUAAUGGAACAUUUGGAAUGUGCUGAGGGUUCUUUCUAUAGAGAUGAGUUGCUUCGACAAAUUGUUGCAAUAUGUUCUCAUGACAAUUACAAAUAUAUUACAAAUUUUGAAUGGUUUAUUUUUAGUUUCUUUUCUUCCUUUCUGACACGAGCAAUUAUUUUUAGGUAUAUAUCCGUUCUCGUUGAACUAACCAAAGUUGAGGGUACCAAAUAUGGUGUACUUAUUGCCGAACAACUCCAGGAUGUUGCAGUUCGUGUUCAAUCCGUCAGACAUUUUGCUGUUUCUCAAAUGGUUCUUCUAGUUCAAAAUGUUCAGCCUUUGUUACAGGGAAACAGUCCCACCCAACGUGCAAAUAUAGCGGAAGUAUUAUUAGCUGCUGCCUGGAUUUGUGGAGAAUAUGCCCAACAUGUAAACAAUGUCGAUAGUCUAUUAGAAGCGAUGAUUAGAGUCAAAUUGUCAAUGAUACCUGGUGCUUUGCUCAGUGUCUUUAUUCAAAAUAUGCUUAAACUUUAUGCUCUACAAUUAUGCAAAUUGGAGGCAGAGGAAGAUUGGGAUGGUGUUGAGACAUUGGACAAUUUAUUUUGCUCUAAACUACCAGAGUUUCAAUAUAUGGAUCAUUUAGAAGCUCAGGAAAGGUCAUGUAAUUUUCUUGCUUUGCUCAAAUAUGCUUCAACAAAACACGCUGAAAGAAUAAAAAUAGGUGCUAGUCUUGCCAGAUGUUUCGAGGAUGAACUUAAUCCAGUCGCACCAAAAGCACAACGACGAGUUCCUUUACCUGAAGGCUUAAACUUGGAUGAAUGGAUAAACGAACCUGAUACUUCGGAUAAUAAUGAAGAUGAAGAAGAAGAGGUUUCUAGCAUUGAGUCUGAUAAUGAGAUUAAUACCUCGCAUUAUGAACGUGAAAAUCUUCCACAGCAUGGUCGACAGGCAAAACAUUCAGCAGCUAAAAUAUACGAAAUAAAACAACAGUCUUAUGAUAUUGAUAUUUCUACUAAUGGAAUUGCUUCAACUUCCCAAAGUAAAAUUCAAAAAGAAUCGGAACAAAAACGUCGUCAAGUUGAGCAGUUGAACAACCCAUUCUAUGUUAAAGAUAAUCCGAAACAGAAGAGGGUUUCUAAAAAUGUUGAUUCAGCUAAUAAUGCUGUACGGACUCAACCGGCAAUCCGUAAAAUACAAAAUCCUCUGGAAAUUGAUGGUGUUGUUGGUCUGGACAAAUUUUUGAAGCAAAAAGAUUCUACUAUUCAUUGGAAGAAUUUGGAUAAGAAGAAAAAUGACAAGAAGAUAAAGAAGAAUACAAAAUCAAGUAAAAAUCAAAAUGGAAAGUUGUUCAAAACAAGCGAUGAUGAAAUAGAAGGAAAUACAGCAGAACAAAACCCUGAAGAGAAUAAUAAAAAUACAAUAUACAAAGGUGAUGGUGAAAUGCCAGAAGGAGCACUUUCAAGUUCUGAGGAGAAUGAGUUAACUGACAAUUUUCUAAAUAUUCAACUAGUUGAAGUUGAAGAAAAUGUAGAUGUUGACAACAAUAAAAGAAGCAGCAUUACAACAAUUAAAAGUAAUCCUAAUAAACGAAGGCGAAAAAUUAAAGAAGCAACAAUUAAUAAAGAUGGUUUGGAAUAUGAUGAAAAUAUAACAACAGCAACAACAACAACGUCAGAAAAAAAGAAAAAAUUAAAAAAGAAAAAGGUAAGCAAGAAGAAUGUUCAAGAAGAUAAACAACGAAAGAAAUUGACUACAACUAAAUUGGAUAAUGGAGAAGAAAAUGGUGCUGGUGUUGGACAAGAUAAUGCCACAGAUGAUGGGGUUGGUUUAUUAAAUUUAAAAAAAUAUUUGAAAAAUCUGGGGUAAUGAGAAUUUAUUUUUCUUAUUUUUAAGCAACUCAUUUCACUGGGAUGAGUGUGA